AUGUGUAUGGGAGAAGCAUUGAGGACAAUAGCCUUCAAAGUUAGGACAGCUUCUUGUGUUAACUCUUUUGGUGAUGAACAACUCGCUGUCGAUAUGCUCGCUGAUAAGCUUCUAUCUGAGGCUUUGCAAUAUUCACACGUGUGUAAGUCCGCUUGCUCUGAAGAAGUACCUGAGCUUCAAGACAUGGGUGGGAAGUGGCAGCAUGUUAAGGAGACAACAGAGAUCAAUGAAGGGAAAGUGUUCUCACCAGGAAACUUGAGAGCCACGUUUGACAACUUUGAAUACAACAAGUUGAUUGAUUACUACGUGAAAGAGAAGUACACAACCAGGUUUGUUCGUUUUUGGCCCAUAGAAGAUAUCCGAAUUAUUAUAGUGAAGGAGAAAGGAAUCUUCACGAAUGUGACUUCUCCUACGGCUAAGGCAAAGUUAAGGCUGUUGUUUGAAGUGGCUCCUCUUGGCCUGCUCAUUGAAAAUGCUGGUGGGUUCAGCAGUGAUGGAUACACCCCUGUGCUCGACAAGACCAUCGUCAACCUCGACGACAGAACUCAGGUUGCUUAUGGUUCAAAGAAUGAGAGUAGUACCCGUUUCGAAGAAACCCUUUACGGAACUUCAAGACUCAAGAAUAUUCCCAUUGGAGUUACUGCUUAG